GGGGGCGGGACUUACCGGAGCCCGGUCCCGUUAAAAGGGUGGGAGCGGCCCAGGGUCCCACCUCUCCCCUUGAGUCUUGAGACAGCUGGUGUGGCAGGCAUUCCGCGGGAACAUCCUCUGGUCCUCAGUCAUGGCUUGUGGUCUGAUCGCCAGCAACCUGAAUCUCAAACCUGGGCAGUGCCUCAGAGUGCAGGGCGAGGUGGCCCCCGAAGCCAAGAGCUUCGCCCUGAACCUGGGCAAAGAUGGCAACAACCUGUGCCUGCACUUCAACCCCCGCUUCGAAGCGCAUGGGGAUGUCAACACCAUCGUGUGUAACAGCAGAAGCGAAGGGUCCUGGGGCGAGGAGCUUCGAGAGUCUAACUUCCCCUUCCUGCCUGGGAGCCCCAUGGAGGUGUGCGUCUCCUUCGAUAAUGCUGACCUGACCAUCAAGCUGCCGGAUGGAUACUCCUUCAAGUUCCCCAACCGCCUCAACCUGGAGGCCAUCGAGUACCUGUCGGCUGAUGGGGACAUGAAAAUUAAGUGUCUGGCUUUCGACUAAGGGCAGCCCGGAUGUGGCCCCUAAUAAAGGCAGCUGCCUCUGCUGCCUCUGGACCAGC